UAAGUCAAACCCAUUUGGGAUAUCUGCCUCCAGUUCCACAUAGUAUCAAUUUUCAGUCAAAAGUCUGAGAAAGCAAAAGAGCAAAGCCACCAUGGAUGCUGUGGCUCAGUGGCGGAACCAGUGGUUUGACUACACCCAUUAUCUGCGACGAGAGGGAUUCUUGGAUGAUCAGUUUGCACAACUGAAGAAGCUCCAGGAUGAAAACAGCCCAGAUUUCGUGGUUGAGGUUGUUUCUCUGUUCUUUCAAGAUUCUGAGAAGCUUCUCAACAAUAUGGCUAGGGCUCUAGAGCAGAAUGUUGUAGAUUUCAAACAAGUAGAUGCCUGUGUCCAUCAAUUCAAGGGUAGCAGUGCCUGGAUAGGUGCAAUGAGACUUAAAAAUGUAUGCAUCAACUUCAGAAAUUAUUGUGAGGCGCAGAACCUUGAGGGGUGUUUGGGGUGUUUGCAACAAGUACGACAAGAAUGCUUGGCAUUAAAGAACAAUCUUGAAAACUUGUUUAGGUUGGAGCAACAGAUAGUGGCUGCUGGUGGAUCAAUUCCUGUUAUGGAAUGAAUUCUAAGACAGAAUGCCCUGCUGCUAGGAAAGACAUUCACAACUAUGGCUUCCACAUGAUAUUUCAGUCAUUUAGUCUUAAGAUUGAUCUUACUUCGACUUAACAAAGGAAAUUUCUUAGAUCCCCCUAGCGUUAUCAUGAGUUUGCAUGUGACAAUGUAGGAUAUGUUGCUUAGUAACUUUCUUAGAUUAUUCAUUAUGUAAGGCUCUAUUAUGAAGCAAUGUUCAUCAGUCCCACAACAUUUCAUCAUCA